CGAGUCCUUUUUUCCCCUUCUCCAAGUCACUAACAAAAUAUAAAACCCAAGCACCACAUUCUCAUUUGUCAUCCUUAUCCAACAAAAACACAACGUGAAGCUUACUCAAUCGGCAAGUUAUUCAGAAAUCUUUGAUAGCAGAAAUGGCAACUUCACUUGCUCUCAGGAGGGCCACCGCCUCAUCACUCUUCAACAGGCUCGUCAAUCCUGUUCGUUCUGCAUCUGCUUUCCGUUCAUUCAAUACUAACACUCAGAUGGCAGCUUAUGACCAGGAUGAUCGCGGUGUUGAUGUUGACCGCCGGUCCGAUCGCUCUGUCUCUCGCCGCGAUGCUUUCCCUAGUUUAUUCUCAGAUGUAUUUGAUCCAUUUUCAACACCAAUUAGAAGCGUGAGCCAGCUGCUGAACAUGAUGGACCAAAUGAUGGAUUCUCCAUUUGUAGCUGCACCGCGUGCUAUGGGCGCCGGAGUUGGAGCAAGAAGAGGAUGGGACGUGAAGGAGGACGAUAACGCUCUGUAUAUAAAAAUGGACAUGCCUGGUCUCGAUAAAGAGAACGUAAAGGUGGCGGUGGAGGAGAACACACUGAUAAUCAAAGGAGAAGGCGAGAAAGAGUCAGAGAAUGAAGAGUAUAGAAGGAGGUACUCUACUAGACUAGAAAUUCCUCAAAAUAUGUACAAAUUGGAUGGAAUCAAGGCGGAGAUGAAGAAUGGAGUGUUGAAGGUAGCGGUUCCAAAGGUGAAGCAAGAAGAGAGGAAAGAUGUUUUUGAUGUUAAAAUUGAGUGAGAGCUUUUAGCUGUGCCAAAUUUGUGCAAUUGAGUCUUGAUGUUAUAAACUUUUUCCUCUUUUCAGUUCCUAGCUAGGUUGGUCUCUGGAAAAUAAAAGAUGAUGUGCUAAAAAAUUGGCAAUAUGAGUGUAAGAGUCUGUUCAAUUAGCAAACUGGAAAGUUGUUAGAGUAUACUGUUCUCUUGUGUUUUUUUUUGUUCUCUUAACAAUUGCAGCUAUCUUGUGAGCUUUAA